AUGGGUAAUAAUAAGAUGGAACAAUCCAGGUUAUGCCCUAGUGCACCUACCACCUGGGAUUGGAGGAUUAUGGGUGCUGUAACUCCUGUUAAAAACCAAGGCAAUUGUGGAUCUAGUUGGGCAUUCUCUGCAAUUGGAGCCAUUGAAGGAAUAAAUGCACUGACCACAGGAAAUCUUGUGAGCCUUUCUGAACAGCAACUCGUAUCUUGUGAUACUUCUAGCUUUGGCUGCCAAGGAGGCUAUGUCACUACCGCUUUUGACUAUGUCAUCAGAAAUCGUGGAGUUGCCUCAGAGGCACUUUAUCCUUACACAGCCACAAAUGGUACCUGUAAUGCCUUUCUGGUUAGUGCUCUUCCCUGUUCUCCCCCUCAACGCCUCUCUAAAACUGAUACCACCUCUGUUGCUCGGCAGCCCGUUAGUGCUCUUAUUCAAGCUAGUGGCCUGGAUUUUAUGUUAUACCAGAAUGGAAUCAUAGAUGAGUCAGCCUGCAGGAACAUUAGUCCAUGUACUGUCAAUCACGGCGUGUUGAUUGUGGGAUAUGGUACAAUUAGUGGGCAAGAUUAUUGGAUUGUGAAGAACUCCUGGGGAAGCAACUGGGGAGCUGGUGGCUACUUUUCCUCAAAAGAAACACUGGCCUAG